CUCCAAGGGAGGAAACAACGCAAGCACGAGAGCACAAUAUAUUGUGAGAAAGAUGCAUAACCAGCUGAGUAAUUCGCAGACACAAUUCUUUGUGUAGAUCCUUUUUCAGUGAAGCACAAUGACUUUAUACUUGAUACAAAAUGGCAUCAAACCUGUCACAUACCAUGAUCAAUCUGCUCGCCAACCAGGCAACAUCCAAUCCCAAAUCUCCAAGUCUCAGCUGGGCGAUCCUGCGGCCGCAGCAACAACACAUUGCAAUCCCGCCCCACAAGAGGGUCCGCACCGCUGGACCGCACAUUGCAAUUGCAUCACACCGAUUGGCUGGAUCAAUUCUUGGUCUCGCGCCGCGUGGCGCCCCUGGCCCCAUUCUCCAAGGCCGUAUCGGCGUAUUCAACUUUGCAACAGCGCUGCGGCUGAGAUUGAAAUUAUAAAGCCGACCUGCAUCCCUGGCAUCUCCACCACUUCCUGCAACAAUUGCGAUUCCGAACCUGCAGGCGAUGCUCCAACUAUCGCACCUCGCGCUCGUCGGCGCCGUGACGGCCAUCGGCUUCCUCCUGCACCGCCGAUAUUCCCGCGACCCCCGCGAACCUCCCGUCGUGGGCAGCACGAUCCCCGUGCUAGGCCACAUCUUCGGGCUCCUGCGGUAUGGCGUUGGGUAUUUUGGCCAACUUACCGAAAAACACCCCCACCCAAUCUUCGCAAUCGACCUCCUCCUCACAAAAGUCUACCUCGUCAAAUCCCCCGAAAUCCUGCAAGCGAUCCAGCGCACGCGCGCACUGACCUUUGACCCCUUUGUGACAUUCACCACGGAGCGACUAGCGGGCAUCCGCGGCCCCGCGCUCGAAGCCCUCCGCGAGAAGCAGGCGGGCGGUGGGGGCGGGAAUCAAGCGCUCCUGCACGCGAUGCACCCGACGCUCACGGGCAAGCCGCUGGAUCGGAUGAAUGAGCGCAUGGUGCGGCUGCUCAGUCCGUUGGUUGGGGAGUUGGCGCAGAGGGACGGGGUUGUUGAUUUGUAUGGGUGGUGCCAGCAUGCGAUUACCGAGGCGAGUACCGAGGCGUCGUAUGGGCCGUUGAAUCCGUACAAGGAGAAGAGUGUUGAGGAUGGGUUUUGGGCCUUUGAAUCAAACCUCAGCCCGCUACUCCCGGGAAUCCUCCCCUGGAUCACUGCCCGCAAGGCAUACAAGGGCCGCGAAGCCGCCUACGCCGGGUUUCUCAAGUACUACGCCGCAGAGGGCCACAAGCAGGGCUCUGAGCUGACAAUCGCUCGAUACCAGACGCUUGCUGACGCGGGCCUCCGCGUCGAGGACAUUGCGCGCAACGAAGUCUCCAUGGGUCUGGGCCUGCUUUCGAACACCGUCCCGGCUGCAUUCUGGAUCAUCUUCGACCUGUACCGCCGGCCCGACCUCCUCCGCGAGAUCCGCGACGAACUCACGGAGAACGCGCUUCGCGUCGAUGAGGAGACGGGGAAACACGUGAUCAACAUCCCCUCGAUCCGCGACAACUGCCCGCUCCUCGUCUCCACAUACCAAGAAAUCCUCCGCGUCCGCGCCGCCUCAUCGCCCACCCGCAUCGCAGCCGAAGAAGUCCUGCUCGCCGACAAACACCUCAUCAAAAAGGGCAGCGUGAUCAGCAUCCCCAGCCAGCCCAUCGGGCGCCGCGAAGACGUCUGGGGCAGUAAUUCGCUCGAAUUCAACCCGCGCCGCUUCAUCAAAACCCCCGAGCACAACCCGCGGCGUCCCGGCGGGUUCAUGUCGUUUGGCGUGUCGCCGGUUAUCUGUCCCGGACGGCAUUUUGCGAGCACGGAGAUUAUGGGUGUUGUGGCGCUUAUGGUGCUGCGGUUGGAGAUUGAGCCGGUGAGGGGGGAGUGGUGGGAGCCCAAGAGUAAUUCGUUGGCGAUUGCGUCGGGGAUGAGGCCGAUUUUGGGCAGGUUUGAUGUUCGAGUUCGGGAGAGGGAGGAGGUCAAGGGGGUACAGUGGGACUGUGAGUCUCGCGAAGGGAGCGGGGUUUUUCCUUUGAUGGUUGGUUAGGUUCGAUCUAGUAUCUACUAAUAGAUAGGUAGGACCAGUAACUACCAGCUUGUGUCUAUCACUGGAUAUGCCUCUGCUUCUUACUACGGGUGUCCCUCUCGAUAUGGGACACCAUCUCAUGUUUGCGUGGACCUUUCUACGACCUAACGUUGUCCCUUGACGUAGGAAAUAGGAGGUUCCCGCCAUGGUCUCGAUUCAUGAUUCUGUCUCACGCUAAGAUGGAAGAAAACCUUGGAUUGAAUCUGCACCAUGGCCCCUGCCCUACACCUCCAAAGUACUUGUAGAGACGG